AUGCGCCUCGAGCUCGCGGGCGCCUGCUGGAACAACCCGGAGCUGGCGCAGGGCUCCUCGUCGUCGAACCUGCUGUCCACCUUCAAGGACCUCCUGCUCUACGAGAGUGAGCAGGCCCUCCUCGGCGUGAGCUCGAGCGCCGCGGCGGCGGAGAACCGGCCGUUCGGCAACGUCAACAGCGUCAUCGCCGAGACGUUCGGCCCUGGCGGGGUGGUGUCCUCGCUGCGGAAGGGCGACAAGGGCCUGCACCGAUCCGAGGGCACCUCGCUCCUCUGGGGCUGGUACACGCUCAAGGGUAAGCCAGGCCCAUUCAACCUGUACACCGCCAAAGGAGAAUAUCCCGCGGAGGGGGCCAUGCGGAGGUUGUACAAAGAGUACUUUCGCGCGGAACUGCCAUCGAUGAAGGAUUUGGGAGUCGACGCCAUCAAGGAUAAGUUGAUUAGUUUGGCAGGCCAAGGAGGAAAGGAGUUGGCUCCGCUUGUCGGAUUAGCUCAUGGAGACCUCAAUGCCGCGAACAUCAUGAUUGACGCCUCGGACGCUCUUUGGAUGAUCGAUUUCGCCACCUCGGUGGACUUGCCACUCUUCACCGACAUGUGCAAGUUCGAGAUGGCUUGCCUCUUCGAGUACGCCACGAUACCUAUCACGCCAAAGAUGCUAGUGGAGUUCGCCGGCACCCAGGAGAGCCUCUGGCAGAGCAUGAAUGUUGGAGACUGGCUCCGCACCGAUCAGGCUGUGGUGGUGAAGCUGCUGCAGAAGUUUGUAGCGCUGCCCCCCGAGCGCCUCUCUGUCCUCAGCCAGGUGGACCUGGAGCAGCUCAUAGACGAAGUGGUGAAGAGGACUGGCAAGAGCCCAGACAAGCAGCGCAAGAUGGAGCGCUCGUUGAAGUCCCGGCUGGUGGCAGACGAGGCCAUGGUGGCCGCCGCCUUCAGCUACUGCUCCAGCGUGUCCAACGCGCUGUUGCGUGGAGACACGCUUGGCGAGACCCUGAACGUCUCUUCUGUACCCAUUCCGGAAGGUCGAGGUGGGCGGGGCGCGCUGUCGCUCAAGCUGCUCGUGGACCACUGCGUCGCCGUCCGGCGCUUCAUGCGCCAGGACGUCGUCGGCUGCCUGCGGGCCCGCGCCGGCGCCCAGGCGGAUCUGCAGCCGUGCGACUGGAUGUCGCUCCAGCUCUACCUGCCUUUUCUUCGCGAGUCUUACCGGAUCAUCGGCUACCGGGAUGUCGCUCCCCAGUACAAGAUCUGGGCCAUCUACCACUGCAGCAAGUUGGCGCAGUGCGUCCAGCACUCCUUGGGGGUGAUCUCCAAGAACGCCAGGAAGCUCGAGAAGGCAGGCUACCUGUCUUCUCUCAAGGCCGAGAUGGAGAGCUCGGUGAAGAAACACAAGACUGAGAGGCUGGGCUCGGUUGCCAGGACGCCCGAGUUCAUCUCGGCAGAGAUGUUUCAGGAGGAGACGGAAAGGUUCAAGCAGACCUUGCGCGCCCGGCUGAGUUUCGUCAUCGACCCGCUGUCGGGAGACCGGCUCAGCGUGCGCGAGUGCGCCCCGCUGAGCCUCACCCCGCUGGGGCCGCGCUUCGGCCUGGCGGGCGGCGGCAGGAGCCCACUCGUGGCCGUAUCCGGGGGGCGCGCCCCGUCUACGGGGGUCGAGGACGGCGGUGCCGCGGGCGCGAAGGUCUUCGAAGGCCGCCAGGGCUGGGCGAACAUCAUGGGCGUCGCCGAGAGGCUCGACAAGGGCGAGCCCUCGGACACGCCGAGCGCCUUCCUGGUUCUGGGCCCCCCCGGCAGCGGCAAGACCUGCCUGGCCCAUCGGCUCGUUAUGGAGGUCCUGGACCGCUACUCGCAUGUGGUGCCAUUGCUGCUACCUGUGGCAGACUUGGUGAAGAGGUGCUCCCAGGAUACCGAGCUGUGCAUGUGCGACAAGGGUCAGCAGGUGGACCCUGAGGCUGUGGACCAGUGGUUUGACAAGUACCUGCGGAUCACAUUCGGCGAGGACAGUCACAGGUAUCUGAUGAUUUGCCAGGCGAUCAGGACGAAUCGCGCCAUGCUCAUCUUCGAGGGGCUGGAGGACUGCGGAGAGCUGAAGCCGAUCAUCGAGUGCUGCAUCCAGCGCCAGAUCCUCCAGCAGAGGAUGGUGGUGGUCACAUCUCGCCCGCUGAUUGGGGGCCAGUCCUCCUUGGAGGAGAUCGAGGACAGCAUCAUGGCCAUGAGCGUGGAGAGCCUCACCGAGGAGCACAUCCGCAUGGUCGCGCACGCGCGGCUCGGCCUCAGCGGCUUCGAGGCCUUUGAGCGCAUCUUCGCCAAGGUCCGAGGUGGCGGCGGCGAGGGCGAGGAGGCGGACGCGGGCGCGCCCCCCGCCGACCAGGGCGAGGGCGGCCAGGGCAAGCCCGAGGUGUUCGGGAACCCGAUGAUGCUGAGCAUGCUGCUGUGCUACCUGCAGACGAUGAAGCGCAAGGAGGCGGAGAAGCGGGAGGCACAGCGCCGGGGUCAGGCCGACGACAAGGAGGACGAGGGCGAGGGCACGAACAUCACCGCCAUCUACCGCGUGGCGAUUGACGUGAUGAUGAUGCGGAUGCAACGCAGGCAGAUGGCGGAUAGGCUCAACCAGCAGGAGGAGCUCGACAGGUGGAAGCAGAUCGUGGAGGUCGUCGCGCUCCACAUGGCCCUGCGCGGCCUCGACAGCAUCACCGCCCCCGAGGCGGAGGCGCUGCUGCGCGGCCAGCUGCGGCGCGAGUGGCCCGGCCUCAAGAAGGCCGUGGUGGCCGGCCACGCCAUGUUCCUGCGCGUGACCGACGGCGCCCGCGAGGAGAUGCAGUUCCUGGCCAAGGACUUCCUGAGCUUCUUCGCCGCGAGCGCCGUGGCCCGCGGUGGGGGCUACGAGCUGCCAGGCGUCGUCCAGCUGUUCAUCGACCCAGCGUGGGCCCAGAUGCUCGAGAUGCUGUCAGAGGCCUGGCCGCUGCAGUACGUGAGCGUCGUAGAGCACCGGCUGGGUAGCUUCCGGGGCGACGGCGGGGACGCCUGGGCGCCGCCUGCGUGCACAGACCAGAGCGCCAGCACGGGCACGUUGGACUCCACGUACCACGCCAGGGGCAGAACCGCCUGGGCCAAGGACAUGACCAGCUGUCCUUACGAAGUGUCAGGGGUCAAGGAUCACUGA